AUGCAUGUUGAUUCCAUCUUGUAUCGUACUUAUCAGAUCAAAUCGCGAUGCGAUGUGUUCGAUGCUGUGUUGCCUGAAAACUCUCAAUCGGCGAUAUCGGAUGGGCUGACCGCGGAGCAAACCUUUCGGCCUCGGAUUGCGGAGCUUCUCCUCUCCUCCGUCUUGCAAUUGCGCUUGCCAGAGCGGGUCUGUCCUGGCGAGCUCCCCUUCAUUGAUUUUCCGAUCCGUGCACCGACACAGCAUGUUGUUGCGGUAGACUCACUACCUCCCCUGCAUCUCUCAAUUUCAUCCGAUCAUGGCUCAGCAACCCGACGGCGAGGCCCUGGUCUCGUCCCUCUGGACGAGGUCUCUCCUGGUACGAGGCCCCCUUCACCACUCUAUAUUAACCACUUCCGUCCGAGCUACACGAUUCAUCUUCCACCCAAGCUAACAUAUUGCAAUUGUCAGUCCGGUGCCGUCGCCGGUCUCACCGUCGACUGCUCCCUCUACCCCCUCGACACCAUCAAAACCCGUCUCCAAAAGGCACGCGACACCACCUCCCCCCAAGCUGCGAGGCUCUCCCUCCGUCAAACCGUCCGCGGCAUCUACGCCGGUCUCCCUUCCGUCCUCUUCGGCUCUGCUCCCUCGGCUGCCUCCUUCUUCAUCGUUUAUGAUGGCGUCAAGCGCUCGCUCCUCCCGCCCGCCACCUCCGCGGAGACCCCGUCCCGCGCUCACAUCCUCCUAACCCACUCGCUCGCCUCGUCGCUCGGUGAGAUCGCCGCCUGUGCCGUGCGAGUCCCGACCGAAGUGAUCAAGCAGCGCGCCCAGGCCGGCCUCUUUGGAGGCUCGACUCUCGCCGCCCUCAAAGACAUCCUUGCCCUGCGGCACGCCGCGCCCCCCGGGCCCGACGCAGCCUCGACCCCGAAGCGCGGGUACGCCCGGGUCAUCCGCGAGCUGUACCGUGGCGCGGGCAUCACUAUCGCCCGCGAGAUCCCCUUCACCAUGCUGCAAUUUACCAUGUGGGAGUCGAUGAAGGAAGCCUACGGCGUGCGGUACCUGCGCCGCGAUGGCGGCGACUCAGCCCAGAUUCCGGCCUCGACCAGCGCCAUGUUUGGCAGCGUGGCAGGUGCAAUCGCCGCUGGCCUGACCACGCCGCUGGACGUGAUCAAGACGCGGGUCAUGCUGGCACGGCGCGGCGACGGCAGUGCAGAUGCGCCGGUGCGGGUGAAGGAUAUUGUGCGGGGGAUCGCGCAAGAGGGCGCUGGCGCGUUCUGGCGUGGGAUUGGGCCGCGCGUGGCGUGGAUCGGCAUUGGAGGUGCGGUAUUCUUAGGAAGUUAUCAGUGGGCGUGGAAUACGCUUGAGGGUAAGAAGAAGACUGCGGAGGAGAAGAACUAA